UGUGACCGGGGUCUUUUAUUUUGAAGUCCCACACCGGAAGCUGUCAGUGGCUCGGUGUAAACACCCCCGGUGGGAUGGUGACUGGGUUCUGUCCGGGUUUAGUCCCUCUGUACCCGGGUUAAACGUCAGCACGGUGACCCGCUCCAGCUCCAGACCAACACCUGAUCCGAUCCGAGCCGAGUUGAGCCGAGUGAACCGUCCGAGAGCAGCAUGAAUGAGACGGAGGGGCUCCGGUUCCGGCGGGUGCACAGACCGCAGGUCAUCACCGACGAGCUGCCGGAGCACCGCUACAAGGGAUCCGGCACCUACAGUGGGAAGGUGUUCCAGGUGACUCUGCUCUCUCUGGGUGGCUUCCUGCUUCUUCCUCUCCUGUUCAUCAUCCUCAUCCUGGAGUCUCCCAUCCAGCCUGACGUGUUCAGUCUGAAGGAGCCUCCACUGAUGAAGGGCUGCUGGGAGCCGAACCUGAAGCUCAGAGAGGCCCAGAGACUGUUCGAGGACCAGAUCAUCGGACCUGAGUCCAUCGCCAACAUCGGAGACGUUUUGUUCGCUGGAACAGCUGAUGGGAAAAUCGUGAAGCUGGUCGGUCGAAGAAUUCACACGGUGACGAGACUCGGAAAACUUCCCUGUGGCUCCAGAGAGGAUGAGCCCACCUGUGGGAGGCCACUGGGGAUCAAGGUGGGACCCAACGGGACUCUGAUUGUGGCCGACGCCUACCUGGGAGUGUUUGAGGUCAACCCCACCACAGGUGAAGCGACUCGGUUGGUGACGGGUGGUCAGGUGGUUGCCGGCAGGAAGCUGUCAUUCAUCAACGACGUGGCGGUGACGCAGGACGGGAAGAAGGUGUACUUCACCGACUCCAGCAGCAGGUGGCAGCGCAGAGACUACCUGAACCUCAUCAUGGAGGCCACGGCCGACGGACGAGUGUUGGAGUACGACACGGAGAGCCGGGAGCUGACGGUGGUGAUGGAGAACCUUCGAUUCCCAAACGGGCUCCACCUACUGCCUGACGAGGAGUCGGUGCUGGUGGCCGAGACCACCAUGGCUCGGAUACGCAGAGUCCACGUUGCCGGUCUGAACAAAGGUGGGAUGGACACGUUCAUCGACAACCUGCCUGGUUUCCCUGACAACAUCCGCCCGAGCUCGACCGGAGGUUACUGGGUGGCCAUGUCGGCGGUGCGGCCCAACCCCGGCUUCUCCAUGCUGGACUUCCUGUCCCAGAGACCCUGGAUCAAGAAACUCAUCUUCAAGCUCUUCAGUCAGGACGUCCUGGUGAAGUUCGUCCCUCGGUACAGCCUGGUGGCGGAGCUCCAUGAAGGUGGCGUCUGCACACGGAGCUUCCACGACCCCAACGGCCUGGUGGCGGCUUAUGUCAGUGAAGUCCACGAACAUGAUGGGAGCCUGUACAUCGGCUCCUUCCGCUCGCCGUACAUUGCCAAACUUGACCUGCGCAAGGUUUAAAGACAAUAAAGACCAAUUGACUGAUGGAUGUACAGACGGACAUGUGUGACUUAGUAAGAAGUCUGAAACUGCGACGUGGUGUUCUUCUUUAACAGUGAUGUCAUGAUGCACCAGGAGGUAAAUGAAAACCUGUCACAGGUGUGUUGUCAGACUCGGGCGGCGGUCAGUCUGGUUAAAGUUCUCGACACACAUGAGAAAUUACCCUGAAAUUCAAACACUGUGUCUCCAGAAGGUGAACCCAAGGGACGCUGCCGAUAGGACGGCCUGGUAACCAUAGUGACAGUCUGACAUCAUGUUUGUGUUAGACUUUUGCGGACAUCAUGGAGCGUGAUCAGGCUGGGUAUGGAAAUUUUAUAUCUUCUUUGGUACUAAAUGUGUCUGUAGCUCAGAGUUUAAAAUCAGGUUCUGAUAACUGACAUCAAAUUUCCGAAACGUGAUUUUGUUGACUUCCUAAUUUAAAUCUUAAUUUAUCCAGUUUUGGUUUUCGCUUGGCGUCUCCUCAGACAUUUAACAGCUGAUUUGGUCAUAAACCUGCAGGCAGACGGGAUGAACUUCCAACAUCAGCGUUUGUUUACCUGUUAAUGUUUUGGGCUCCCAGUCUGCGCUAACCUACAGAGCUAACUGGCUUGGAUAGCACUGUUACUGCUACUAGCUGCCAUUUCUCACCGUAGUAUGUUAGCUAGCCUGUGCCAACAGAUAGCAUCAAAGUUUGUGCCUGUAGUAAAAGAAAUAAUUUUACCAUUAUUUCAAAUCAGUAAAAACUGUCAGGCUGUCAUAACAUCGUGCUGCGUGUUCACCCUCGACUGUUUGUAAAGCAGCGACAGAAAUAUUAAGCCUGAGUUUUAUUACUUUGAAUGACACUUUUGGUUGACGUAAAGCGUCCAUGUUUGUUCGGUUUUCCUGAAAUUUCUUUAUUAAUGAACACCAAGUCAAAGAUAGAUUCUCAGUUGUAAAAACAACUUGGAUGUAAAAGCUAAUUACGAGUCAGAAGGUGUUAUGUAUAAAUUUUAGCAUGUUGGAAAGUUAGCAUGGUGAUAGAGCCCUGCAGGAAUGAGUUAGCAUGUUAGCACUUCCUGUUUCCUUGUCUCAAAGUCAGUGUGUUUUUGGAGAUGUGUGAAAUAAGGACUGUGGUUAACACCAGUUGAGACCCCACUGUCAGUUUACAGCUUAAUGUGUUUUUAACCGGUGUCUAAAUGAGACUACAGAACGUCAUCACGCCCAACACGACUUUACCAACAUCGUCCCCCUGCAGAGUUCCAGAGCCACUGUAUGAGACAUGCACAUGCGCAAGCUCGAGAAGACGGGGUAUCUGUCAGUCACAGUCUCCUGUCAGUCAAACCCUUACCAGUUUUUAAUUCAGCCAAUCACUUAACAGCAGUGCGAGGAGUCAACAUUUCAACUAGCUAGCAUCCGCGUAUCAACUCCCCAAUCAUAAUAAAAUAGUGCAACUUCAACCACUGCUCAUUUUAGAAGGACCACGGCAGGAUAACGUGUCCUCUGUUUAAAUUAUCGGACAGUUAACGGACAAUAAAUCAUAGCUGUUUGUUUCUGGCUGCUAGCGUUAGCUAACACAGCUAGCAGAGCUCGCUGAUGAUUCAGCUGCUUUACUUUGAGAAACGAAUUUUUCUGAUCGUGUUUGUUGUUUUGACAUUUUCUUUGUUUUUGAAAUGAGGUGCCAAAUGUUCAAAUUUAAAUCUGUGACCAGGAUCUUUAUUUGCACGAAGAUGUUUAAUUCUGUUUUAAACAUUUAAAACGUGACGGCAGAAACACGUUUCUUUCACAGUAGUUUUGAUGUGUAUUUUUAGCUUCCUGGCUCGUCGCUGACGACGGACUGAUUUCUCUCUGUCAACUCUUUUCCUUCAGUUGUGUUUGAACCUGUUCUGCAGCUUUUCAGCUUCCUUUCAAUAAAAACAAAUCAUGAAAUCUG